AGUACAUUUUGAAGUGAGUCCCUGUCUUAUUUUGUUUGGGUCCCUUUGUUCGGCAAGGAGCGUUGGACUGCAACCCCUUCCCAAAACAUCCUCUACCCCAGGACAUGGCAUUGCAACCGUAGCCAGGAUCUACUUUGUACACCGCUCUGCACUUUGAUGAGCUGUCGCACAAACAAAAGCAGCCAUCCUGCCCACACAUGCUCCUCUCGUCACCGCAGUUGCUUCUUGGCCGACUCCUCUAUGUCUUGCUGUUCCGCUGUUGCCCUCGGCCCCGCCUGAACACACCGCUUACCCACCAUGACAGCUACUGGAGAUUACCUCCCCAUCUACACAGACCGCGGACACCUCUCGUAUAUACCCGACCACCUACACGACCCAGAAAGCACACGUCGCCGCCUCUUCCAAGGCCGCAAUCGCAGACCCCACCGCAUUCACAUUGCGCGCGUGGCACCUGAUCCUCUACUCUUCAGACGCCGAACCACCACCAAAUCCUACAUAUUCGAAAAGCUGGCAGGCCCACGCGACAACGCCAAACGUUUCCUUCGGUCCUUCAUUGACUCGCGCUUUGCGAACCCUCCCCCAUUGCCCGACGUUGGCACUACGCCCCGAUCCUCGACGAGUGGUGCGAGUACUCCCAACGCGUCCCCACCUGAAAGUAGGAGGUGGUCAGUUGCGACCGGCGAGAUGAGAUCUACCCCGAGAGGCUCCAUUGGCCUCAGUGCCGUGGGCGGCCCUCGACCCGCAUUGGUGGAGAGCCAUCGAUCGUCCGCGAGGUCGUCAGUAAAGAGCAUGAUGAGCAGUAGUGUAAAGACACUGGCUGAGGAUAAACCAUUGGCGUCUGGAAAUGGUGUCAGUGUUGGUGUCACACUCACCGAGCCUGUGCUCUUCCUGCAGGGCUUCGAGCAGUCUGAUUCGUCGGAUCGUAGCACAGCUAUGCUUCGUGGAACACUCAACCUCAAGAUCACGAAGCCGACCAAGAUCAAGGCCAUCACGCUCAAGUUCCGUGGAAAGGCUCUGACGAAAUGGCCUGAGGGUAUCCCUCCCAAGAAGACCGAGUUUGAAGAAAUCGAUACCAUUAUGAGCCACACUUGGCCCUUCUUCAACGCUCAAUUCCCCACUGCCGAGGCUGGGACAGGCGCGGAUCAAGUUGAAUUGUUCAAAGGCUCAUCCACGAAUCUCCAAGCCUCAAGGCCUGGGUCGACAAACUCGCCCAAUGCGUCAUCUACAAAUUUGAGUACCAAGGAAGCGAAACGUUUGUCUCUCCAGGUAAAUCAAUCGCGCAGUUUCGGUAAAGGCGAAUCACCGUCAGGUGGACCAACUGUCGCACAAAAAGGCUACCGAAGCUUCAACCCUGGAACAUACAUGUACAACUUUGAGUUACCACUGGACAGCCACCUACCGGAGACGAUUGAUGUUGAGCUCGGCUCCGUCAAGUAUGAACUUGAGGCGACGAUUGAGCGUGCGGGGGCUUUUCGUGCUAAUCUCGUUGGGACUAAAGAGGUGACUCUCAUUCGCGCUCCAGCAGAAGGCUCGCUAGAGCAAGUCGAACCGAUAGCCAUUAGCCGAAGCUGGGAAGAUCAAUUACAUUACGACAUUGUCAUAUCCGGCAAAUCUUUCCCGCUUGGAGCUCAAGUACCGAUCGCUUUCAAGCUGACACCGCUUGCAAAAGUUCAAUGCCACAGGAUCAAAGUUCUUGUUACCGAGAAUGUCGAGUAUUUCUGCUCCAACAAGCGCGUUCACCGGAUGGAACCGGUUCGGAAAGUGCAGCUCUUCGAAAAGCGAGCAGAUGGCCCUGCGACUAGCACAUUCCCCGGAAGCACUAUGCGAAUCGUAUCUGGAGGUGGUGUUCCGUAUGACCAGAGAGCAGCUGCUUCACGUGGAGAAGAUGUUACAGUUCAAGACCCAACCAAUCUGCUAGGCGACCUAUCGACUGGAGAUGCCAACAUUGGACCUACAGAGAUGGAAUUCAAUGUUCAAUUGCCAAGCUGCCACAACAUGAGGGAGAAAGACAAGGCCAGCAGGCUCCACUUUGACACAACAUACCAGAACAUACAGGUACAUCAUUGGAUCAAGAUUGUAAUGCGGCUUUCAAAACCGGACGCGAACGACCCAACAAAGCGACGUCACUUUGAAAUUUCUAUCGACUCGCCGUUCCAUAUCCUUUCUUGCCAAGCUACGCAGGCAAACACCGCUCUUCCUGCCUACAGUUCUCCCGAAGCUCCGAACGCAGACCACCAGAUGCCGCAAUGUGGAUGUCCAGGUGCGCCUGUGCGGCGUACUUCACCUCCCUCGAUUGUGCCAACACUGGGCUCUAUGGGACGCUCAAGAGACAACUCAGAGCUCUCGAUCCCUAGCCCAGCGCUUGCACGACCCCAGGCAGCCCACAUUGGUGGCCCAACGGAUACUCAAUUACAACGGCCAAUGCAUCUUCUACGAGCACCUUCGUUCAAUCCACCGCCCUUCGAGGAGGAGGAACCCCCACCACCACUGGAGACGCCUCCCCCGCUUUACGAAACUAUUGCUUCACCGACGCACGGAUUGGCGGAUUACUUUUCCAGAUUAUCAGCAUACGACGAUGACAGCGAAGGCGAGUCUGGGGACGGUACAGGCGGGCGCAGUCGAGUCGAAAUCCCUCUAACGCCAGGAAGCCGUAUUCACAGCCGAUCUCUGGACGAGCGGCGAACUUGGCUGCCGGUCGGCAACUGACAGGCCAAUAAUGACAUUUACUCAUGACGACACGACCCCGGAAUGUAAAAAGGAGGAUCUUGGUACGGUCAUUCAAACGGCCAAAGCAUUGCAUAAUUUUUUUCAGUGGUGUUUCUCGUGACACUUGCUCGGAUAGGCGUCAUUUCUGUUUUGUUUGCUUCUUGCUCAUGUUUUGCAUCCGGGCUAGUUCCGGAGGUGUUCAGGUGGGUAUAUCCCAGUACUGUCGUUUGCAUAGGCAACGUGCUUUCGGGUCCCGGGUGGGAUUGCAUGGAUCUUGACCGGUGACAAGGGGUUUGACAAGGAAGUGUUGAUUGUAUCUAUUCAGUGCUUCGCUUUUGGGGCUGGCGGAU